CGCUGAUCUCCUCCCCAUGCUACCCCUCCACAUGGUUCUUAAGCACACUCUUGAGCUGUCACUCUCACUCACUUGCCAGUCAAUUUGACCAGAGAUUAGCAAAGGCAGUCGCCCAGGUGAAAUUGAUGGCCCUCUAUCGCCAACCAGAACGCCGUGGCUGAAACUUGAUGGUUGUUGGUUGAUCUUCAUUUAUUACAAGAGGAUUGGUCGCCGGAGUUGUUGCCCCAGAACACAAAUUAUCCUCCUUUGGAACUAUUCAUCUCACUACCGUUUUGGGCAUCUUUAAAAAAAAAAAACUGACAUCAUCACCGAAGAAAGGUAUUAAACACCAUGGUCGGCUCGUCAACAGUCCCCCGGACCAGCGCGUCUCUGACACCCUUCACGAUUCUAGACAUUCUCGGUGCCCGUCGUAGUUCAGAGGGCAGCUCAUCGGGAGGAGAAGGACCACUUCCACCAUCACCAGUGAAGCAAUGCCGGCGACUCGUUCCAGCACCGACAGACCCAGCCGCAGCAUCGGGGCUCAAGAUUCGAAUUCCCCCCACCACGUCCGAGCGGAUGGACGCGGUGCUUUUCCCGGCGUUUGUACGGCACGCUGAGCAGUUAUCAUUGGAACACAUUUCCCACCAUAAACUCCCUUCACACCACAAUCUUCAAGCACCAAGAGAAGAGCUCACAAGAUGCCUGUACUCCUCCGACGUCGAGGACAGUCUCCUACACGAAAGACUCGCUUCUCACCAUCACCACAAAGAGGGUAUGGAAAACUCUUCAUCCGGGGAGGAGAAUCAACGACCGGAAUCAAGACUAAUUCAUUCAGAUGAUGGUGUGAUCGAAGAGGAUGAAGAUGACGACGGUAAAUCGCGUCGUUCGACCGGGUCAACGUCGUCUUCAUCGACGACGUCAUCCUCACAGAAGGAGGGACGCAAGAAGCGCUCUAGGGCAGCGUUCUCCCACGCACAGGUCUUCGAGUUGGAGAGGCGAUUCGGACACCAGCGGUACCUCUCCGGACCAGAGCGAGCCGACCUGGCCGCGGCCCUCAAGCUCACCGAACAACAGGUGAAAAUCUGGUUCCAAAACCGACGCUAUAAGACUAAGAGAAAGCAGAUGGCCGUGGAUAUGAUGUCCCCUCCCCCGGCUAAGAAGGUAGCCGUCAAGGUGCUGUUCAGAGACAUGCCGGUGCAUUCACCGUUUUUCCCGGAGAACACUCUCCCGCUAUCCCCUGCUUACCACGGACUCGUCAGCCAGUUUGGAUGCCACACGUACCCGCCCAUAUGUGGACACACACCUUAUCAAUUAAACAGUCUGCUCUUUGGGCAAUAAGCCACUCUGAGACAUGGUUGACACACUUAUAUGACAUUAGGUUUGGGUAAAUUACACCUAAACCAAAACAGUACACUCUUAUAGUGUCCGCCAUACCUCAAAAAGGCUAAUAACUAUCGAACAAUACCAACCAUCAAAAUGGCGAAUUACGUUCUUAUUGUAAAUAGAUAUUAACUAAGUAUGCUUAUUAUAUUGUACAUGAAUUUUUAAAAAUCAUAUUGAUCAGUAAAAUCUGUACAAUGUAGAGGUUAAAUAUUUAUCUGUUGGAUUGAAAGGAGGCGGGACAAAGGGACAAUUAUUUCCCGUUUACCAAAGAGGCUUCCACCAUGCUUUCGUGAACUUUACUUUAUUCCAAUUUUACUUACUGCACGAAAAACUACGCACACUUAAAACGCAUGUAAUACCGGCAAAACCGGACUCCACAAAAUUGCAUCUUUGUAUCUUGAGCAUUCUUUAAGUUGACGAAAUUACCAAACCCGAUUAGAAAGUUGGACAUGUUUUGUUAUGUAAGGCCAACUUAUAAAAAGUGUCAUGUUUAGCCAAUGCAAAAUUAUUGCGUAAUAAACUUGUGUUUCGUUUUUGAACAGCGAAUCAUUUGUUGCCCGACAGGCCUUUUGUUUUCGGAGUUAACGAAAUAUUAAGGUUUUUUUGGUCUUGCCCGGGGCAAAGAAAUCGAUGAAAGAGUCGUUGUAGUGUAUUCAAUGUAUAACACAAUAUGCAUUGUUGUGUUUAAAACAAAGGAGAAAAUAUUCUAAAAUCAGUCUUUGUUUGAUCAACGCAUCCUCCAGAAGACAUUCUUCCACAAAUAGGUCAAAGUUUAAUCGCGGCAUGUUUUUCGAAUGUGGUUUUUGCCUUUGGCUUCACAGGCUUGUGUCAAAACCGCAGAAGUAUUUUUGCUAUUCAAAAAAUCCAUCCAGAUUUGUUUGCUUGGCUGUUCGUGUAAAGUCUAUUUAUUGUUUCCCCCAUCUGCUUCUUCGCCCACUCGACUAUAAAGAAAAUCUAAACUGGAAAAGGCUUGUUUCCUUUUUAAAAAUAGUUUUGAUGAUGGGAUCUAUCGAUGAACAAAUAAUAACAUGUUUUGCAAACAAUUAACUAGUUGACUAACAUCUUCAACAUUGAAUACUUAUAUUCUGAACGACCGUUUCAUCACAAUCAAGCCAGCCCUUCCACUUGUUAAUCGCCUUUUUUUCUUUUCCCCUGAGCACAUUCAACGGCGCACCCAAGGGGGGGGGGGGGGCU